AUGGACCCCCUCUCCAUCACCGCUACCGUCAUAGCCUUACUGGAAACAUCAAUCAAGAUCACCAGUCGACUUAGGGACGCAUACUCACGUCAACAAGCUCAACCCAUCUUACUAGCACAGCACCAUGAGGAUUUACGAGGUACUGAGAGUGUCAUAAAGGUUGUUCACAGCCAGAGAUGUCUUGAGACAGCAGCCGUGACAUCCGAGUUGGUAAAAAUGAAGGAUCUGUCACAGGAGCUCCUUACGCUUCUUGAGCGACUAGAUCCAGGGAAGAAGUCUAUUUCCCGCCAGCUGGCCUAUCAACUUAUCAGCGGAUCAAAGGAUGAGGGAAAUUUCGAUAACAUUGUGAAAAGAAUGAACACGGCGAAGACAAACAUCAUCUUGCAUGUACAGGUUGCUAGUGUUGGACUUACCCGUGAUGCCCAAAGCAAUAUUGUCGCCAACACAGCCGAAAUUAGCCACCUUGAUCGGACCCUAAGGGAGCUACUUGGUGAUGGACAGGGAUUGAGGAUUGCAAGUCUGUUGAAAGAUCGGCCCCUGAAUGAAGACGGUACGGUUGUUUUGGACCGAGAUGAUUUGAAUCGGAUUGGAGUAUCUGUUCCCGAUGGAGGAAAUACCCGAAUAAUUAUUGGUAACUUAACACGACUACAAGCGCUGCAGAUCAAUGGACCAGUCGGAGAAGAUGAGUGGAAGACUAUCAGUCACCUUGAGAUCAGAGAUAAUGAGGCUGGCCCAGCCAGCUCGCAGGUCAACUAUCCUGUUUCUGGUACCGUUUUUGCCUCUCUCCUGCUUGACCAUACCAUCAAAUACGUUUUGCUGUUUGUUUUGAUAUAUACUGCUUUGCGGUAG